GCCACCGCCCCGGGCCAGGCAAGAUGCCCCUGGGGCUGCGGGGAAAGAAGAAAGCCUCGUCCAAGGAGACCGCCCGUCUGGUGGAGGGCGAGCCGGCGGGCAGCGAUGGCGGCGGCGCUGGCACCAACAGCCUCCGGUACCCCCCGAUCCCUCCACGGCGGCUGGUUUUCCACACGCAGCUGGCGCACGGCAGCGCGACGGGGAGAGUGGAGGAUUUCUCCAGCAACAGGGAGCUUUACGACAAGAUCGCGGACGUGUUUGCGAUUGCGCCGUCCGAGAUCUUAUAUUGCACUUUAAACACACCUAGAAUUGACAUGGAAAAACUAUUAGGAGCACAAAUAGGUCUUGAAGAUUUCAUAUUUGCCCAUGUGAAAGGGAUCGAAAAAGAAGUGAAUGUGUAUAAAUCUGAGGAUUCACUUGGUCUCACCAUUACAGAUAAUGGUCUUGGCUAUGCUUUUAUAAAGAGAAUUAAAGAUGGCAGCGUAAUUGACUCAGUUAAAACAAUCUGUGUAGGGGAUCAUAUUGAAUGCAUAAAUGGAGAAAAUAUUGUUGGGUGGCGUCACUAUGAUGUUGCUAGGAAGUUAAAAUCAUUAAAAAAAGAUGAAUUCUUCACCCUGAAGUUAAUAGAACCUAAGAAGGCAUUUGAAAUAGAGCCAAGAUCAAACGCUGGAAAGUCCUCAGCAGGAAAAUUGCGUACUGGAAGGGAAACACUUCGCCUGAGAUCAAAAGGUGCUGCCACCGUGGAACAAGUGCCCUGUGAAGCCACAAGAAAGGCGAUUGAAAAGAUUGAUGAUCUUCUUGAAUCAUACAUGGGAAUUCGAGAUACUGACUUAGCUACCACUAUAUUUGAAGCUGGAAAGGACAAAGGUAAUCCAGAUGAAUUUGCAGAAGCACUUGAUGAAACUCUUGGAGACUUUGCUUUCCCGGAUGAAUUUGUCUUUGAUGUUUGGGGAACUAUCAGUGAUGCCAAACAAGGACGACUAUGAUGUGGAUGAUUCGUCUCUGGAGAAAUGAACCAUUUUUCCUUAAAAACAAAACAAAGUAGUAAAAUCUGCUUUUAGGAACCAUUGUGGACUCUAGUUUGGUUAUAUGUGUUUGGAAUAUAUUCUUUGAGAUACAAUUUCUAGGUAGUUUUUAAUGUAGUUGCAUAUGUACUAUGCUUAAGAUAAAUUACUUAAAAUAUGGUCAAUUUUAAUACUCAUUCAAAAGUCUUUGUUAAAGUAAGUUUCAUGGGAGCCUUUCUAGAUUUAUGAUUUUGUCACUCUCCAUUGACGCUCAUGCUCUGUUUUCCACAUAUUAAGGAGUAGAUUUUUGUAGCUUUGUAGAUUUCCUUUUAGAAAAUCUUAGUGCAAUGAAAAUUAGGAUUAGAGUAUGAUUUGCAUUGCAUCUGCAUUUUGUUAUAUUUGUUUGAAUGAAUGUUCAGGAAGUGAAAUGUGAAUUAUGUCUACUGUAUAUCUACAAGUGUCAUUAAUUCACUAAGAGGAUGAUUCCUCGAGCCUGAUGGUGUCAAUGGCCCACAUUCUCUUUAUAAAUCAAAGAUUGCUUGAUGUGAUAUUUCUUUGUGUCUUAAAAACUGUUCAUAUUUGUUGUAUAUGUGUUUACGUGUGUGGAAGGGGGGUGAAAUAGGGGCAGAUGGGGUAGUAAGCACUUAUAUUUGUUUUUUUUUUAGUGGUUCAUUUCUUAAAACAUUAUUUCUUUUCCACCCAUACCUACUUUUCUGUUACCAUUUAUAAGCACUGCAGGGAGGUUUUAUAGCCUUUGUAGUAUUUUUCUUUUGAAAGAUAUUCACUCAGAAAAUAACUAUGUUUGAGAACAUUUUCCAGGUUAAAGAGCAAUGCUUUUAAGCCUCCGAAAAUUUGGAGGAGACACUAUCAGAAAUAGAUUUCCCCCCCAGUGGACACAAAGGAAGGAGAAUUGAGAACAUUUUUAGCCUAUUAUUUUAGAGUUUUAACACACACUCUCUAAAACCUUACAUUAUUGAGAAAAUUGAAGGUAAACGACUGUCUUAUCACUCUUAUUUGACAUUUUACAGAUAUAAGGGAAAUGGAAAUGAAUGGUUUCAACAUAGAUCAUUUAAUAAGGCAGACCAUGGUGUGACCAAGCAUUCUUCUAAAGUGUUAGGUGAAAAGUGUACUAUGCUGCCAUGAUGAUCAAAAAUAAUAACCUGUGAGCACCGUAUUCUAGGAAAUCAGAAGUAGUCUCUUUUCAUGCUGGGUUAAUGCUUGGAUAACUCCUGUUUUCUGGCACAACUUUACCCUCCCCUCUCACAUGAGUUUGAUGCUAUGAAACUGAUAUUAUUUGCCUCAUUAGUCUAAAAAUCUGCUCAGAAACGGUUUAGUCAUUAAUGUAUGAUGAAAGUUUAUAGAAUGUGGAUUAUCUUACUGUUUUUGUCCAUCAUUGGAAAAUAGAAUCUAGCUCAUGCAGUAAUUUGUUGCUACUUGUUUUGUGAAUGUCUUUCCAUGUCCCCAAAUACCUAAUUCUUAAUACCACCUCUCCUGGCAGGACACACACACACACACACACACACACACACACACACACAAACACACACAGCUUGUAUAUGUAGAGUGGAAAUGUUAUUGGAUAACUUGGAAAGCCCCCAGAAACAGUUUAAACAAAAAACCAAAUUUCCUUGCACAAAAUGUUAGAUUUGAGACGAUCAUUGUUUAUUGUUGGUGGAUGUCUAUUUCUCUUUCCUUUUUGGGCAAGCUGGACCCUUGGUGCAGACCCUUGUUUGUGGACCCUCAUUCACAAAGUGGGUGUGCUCACCAUGGUCUUUGUAGAAUUCUGAUGUGCAGGUUCUAAUAUCUACAUCCAGCUCUCACUAUAUUUGUCUGUUAGCAUUAAAUAGCAUUAUUAAGGGUUUCAGUGGGGCCCUAGUGCUUUAAUACUAUUAGGUUUUUCCUGUGAAAUUGGUAUACUAGUGAUAAACUAAUAACAAGGUCAGUUUCUUUAUGUGAUUUUGUCCCCAUACCCGAAAGUAUGUCUAUUCACAAAUGCUGUGUCUUUUUGUACUUUCAGUGCACAAAAAGAAGCAGGGACUGCUUUUCAUUGUCACAGUCUGCAAGUGUGGGCUCCCCUUCUGCUGCUCUAAUGAGAUAAAUCAUAUUUUAAACAUUCCAUUUCAUUGACACCACUGAAUAUUUUCAGAAGUACUUGUGUUUUCUCUUGUUCUGUAGUUUUUCUUUUCCCCCAAUGGAGGAUGAUUAUUUUACUCUUGAUUUCUUUCUGUGCAAAACAGCAUCUUUGAGUGGCCACUAAAAGCACAUUAUAUGUUCAGUUUGAUUGCAGCAGAGCCUGUAGGUGAUGACUGAACACUGGCUUUAGUAGAUAGAACAAGCUCAGUCCUGAUCAUAUGUACACAUUCUGAUGAUUAUGAAUUUUGAGUUUUCUGCAAUGUUUCAAGAAUAUAAUUAUAUGAUGUCAUAGAAUUUUUGAAUGGUUCAAUUAUAAAAAAUAUAAUACAAUUUAAAAAUAGAAAAAUAAAAAAAUGAAACUGUCCCAAAAAAGUAAGUUAGAAACAAAAAGGGAGUUAAAUUAUAAAACCAAUAAUCAGUUAACCUCUAUGUGGGGCACUAUAUACAAUAUUAUAAUGUGGUGGAUAACUAAUAGAAAAAACUAUUUUUCCAAAUGAUGCGUAACUUGCAAUAUUUCCCCCCCACCCUGUACCUUUAACAAAUACAUAUUUUCCAAAUGAAGAACACUUUUAUUUAGCUCCAUGUUCUUGUUAGACCUUAUCAAGUCUAGAGAGAGCCUUCCAGGUAUCCUAUCAUCAUUGUCUACCUAGCAUGGUAACAAAAUGAAUUUCAUUUGCAGAUGUAGUUUUCAAAGUAAUGGUUUUUCCAAAUAGAGCAUAGUUACCCACCAAAGAUAUCAAAGAUCAUAUAAUGUUCUUUUCCUCUCUGCUAUCUCUAAAAAUAUAUGGAUAUUAUUAGCAUUGAUAUUAUUCUGAUGGAGGUACUAGGUUAGAAGGACUGUUAAGUAUUUUUCCCAAGCUAUGAGUAAGUCAAAAGAUAGGAGGUGCUAUUCAGUCACAGCCAUGAGUAUUAGAGUUCUGUGUAUAAUGCACAUUUAUUAUCAUCUUUUUUUUUUUUGAAGAUUUAUUUACCUAUGCAUACAAGAGCUGGAGUACAGGCCAGAGAUGCGGGGGCGUGAGGGGAUCCACCAGAGACAGUGGGGAACAGUACAGGCAGGUCGACCGAAGCACACUGCUGAGGGGCGCAGCGGGUGAGUCAGGAGAGGUCUGCUGCACCAUGUGGGUUGCUCCCUGGCUGGCCGGGGAUCAAACUCGUGUUGCAGAGGCUGCGGAUUGCUUCAUAGUGUGGUGCUUAACCCCUUGCGCCACCAGGGAGGCCCUUAUUAUCUUCCUGACGCAGAUUGAAAGAGACAUCAGAGUAUUUAUAGGUCACCUAUCAUGGUAAUGUUUCUCAGAUUGUGAAGUGCACAAGUGGCACAGUCUGUCCCUUACCUGUUACUGAAAAUCUAAUUCUGAGAAAUAACUGAUGGUUAUUAUCUGCUAGGAGGGUGAAGGUUGAAUAUGACAUCUUUAUUUCAGUUGGAGACAGUAAGUCUUUUAAGGAUAGCCAUUGCUAUUCAAAUUGUAACGAAAAAGGGGACAUUUAAAAACCUGAUUAAGUAUUUUGUUUUGAGCAGUUUGUGUCAUGUAAUAUAGUAUUGACUAUAGA